ACACAUUGAUCAUUUAUGAUCUUUUUAAGUCUCUAAAUUGAAGGAGUUUUUGUUUCAUUUCUUUGUUUGAGGUGGAGUUAGAAAUAUGGUUUCGACUUCUCCUUCUAAGGAAGAUCAGUCCGUUGAGAAAUGGACGGCCGGAGAUCCUGGCCGGCGAGCAAAAUGGUGGUACUCAACUUUCCACUGUGUCACCGCCAUGAUAGGUGCCGGUGUUCUCAGUUUGCCAUAUGCCAUGGCCUACUUAGGCUGGGGUCCAGGAAUACUGGUUCUAACAGUAUCAUGGUGCAUGACAUUAAACACAAUGUGGCAAAUGAUACAGUUGCACGAAUGUGUUCCCGGUACUCGUUUCGACCGAUAUCUCGACCUAGGUCGAUACGCUUUCGGUCCAAAAUACGGGGCAUGGAUAGUUCUACCACAGCAAUUGAUUGUUCAAGUUGGGUGCGAUAUUGUGUACAUGGUCACCGGAGGAAAAUGUUUGAAGAAAUUCAUGGAAAUGGCUUGCACUAAUUGCACUCCUAUCAGACAGUCUUACUGGAUUUUAAUGUUCGGUGGAAUUCAUUUCUUCUUGUCUCAGCUUCCCAAUUUCAACUCUGUUGCUGCUGUUUCUUUAGCUGCUGCAGUCAUGUCACUCAGCUAUUCGACUAUAGCAUGGGCAGGCAGCUUGGCACAUGGUCGGAUUGACAACGUGAGCUAUGCGUAUAAGCAGACGAGUCCGACAGACUACAUGUUUCGAGUAUUCAACGCAUUAGGACAAAUAUCGUUUGCAUUCGCAGGGCAUGCAGUUGUGCUUGAAAUUCAAGCCACAUUACCAUCAACUCCUGAGAAGCCUUCAAGAAUUCCGAUGUGGAAAGGGGCAUUGGGGUCUUAUUUCAUCAAUGCAAUUUGCUAUUUUCCAGUAGCUCUGAUAGGCUACUGGGCAUUCGGACAAGAUGUUGACGACAAUGUGCUUAUGACACUCGAAAGACCCGAAUGGCUCAUUGCUUCUGCUAAUUUAAUGGUCGUUAUUCAUGUCAUCGGUAGCUACCAGGUCUUUGCUAUGCCGGUUUUUGCAAUGCUGGAGAAUUUGAUGAUUAAAAGAUUCAACUUCCCACCUGGACUGGUGCUUAGACUCGUAGCUCGUUCCGCCUAUGUCGCAUUUACUCUAUUCGUCGGAGUGACCUUCCCAUUUUUCGGAGACCUACUUGGUUUCUUCGGUGGAUUUGGUUUUGCUCCCACAUCAUAUUUUCUACCAAGCGUAAUGUGGCUGAUAAUCAAGAAACCUGCCAGAUACAGUCUCAAAUGGUUUAUCAACUGGGCUUCGAUAUUUAUUGGAACGUUCAUAAUGCUGGCAUCUACAAUUGGUGGGUUCAGGAAUAUAGUAGCUGAUGCCUCCUCAUAUAGGUUCUACACAUGAUCAAAUUAAGGCUAAUGCCUUCUUGUAUUUUAAUUAGUAUUAAGCAAUCAAAUGUUUGACAGCAGAAACAGAAUUAAAGAGAUCGUAAAGAUUUUCUUAUUAAAUUAGAUGCAAUUGUUCAACUAA